GCGGGCCGGACGAGCGCCCGGAGGUGGCGGACGAGGCGCCGGGGGCCCCCAUGGGCGGGUGUGUGGGCGCCCAGCACGACUCCUCGGGCAGCCUCAACGAGAACUCGGAGGGCACCGGAGUCGCCUUAGGUCGUAACCAACCUUUGAAAAAGGAGAAACCCAAAUGGAAAAGCGAUUAUCCCAUGACAGAUGGACAACUGCGCAGCAAGAGAGACGAAUUUUGGGACACCGCACCAGCUUUUGAAGGCCGUAAAGAGAUUUGGGAUGCCUUGAAGGCUGCUGCACAUGCAUUUGAGAGCAAUGAUCAUGAACUGGCACAAGCAAUCAUUGAUGGUGCAAACAUAACAUUACCACAUGGUGCACUCACAGAGUGCUAUGAUGAACUGGGCAACCGAUAUCAGCUUCCAGUCUACUGCCUGGCACCACCAAUCAACAUGAUAGAGGAAAAGAGCGACAUAGAGACUCUGGAUAUUCCUGAGCCACCGCCUAAUUCUGGAUAUGAAUGUCAGCUCCGUUUGCGCCUUUCCACAGGCAAAGACCUCAAACUUGUGGUCCGCAGCACAGACACUGUAUACCACAUGAAGAGGAGGCUACAUGCAGCAGAAGGUGUGGAACCGAGUAGCCAGCGAUGGUUCUUUUCUGGCAGACCUCUUACCGACAAAAUGAAGUUGGAAGAACUGAAGAUCCCAAAGGACUAUGUUGUGCAAGUUAUAAUGAGCCAGCCUUUGCAAAACCCAACACCAGUUGAGAAUUGAUUGGUCCUAUUGGCUGGUCCCAAGAUUCCGCCCGUUCCUUUUUAUUGUUGUCGUUGUCAUUUCCUACUCUAUGGCGUGAAAUUUAUUUUCACUGCUCUGAAUUCCGUAUGAAUGGAUUUAGUUCUGAGGAAUUAUCAGUGAAAACUUCCAUCUGUGAUGGAGACCAACAAAAAUUAUUAAUAAAACACAAAGAGCCAG